CCCCUUUGGGGGCGGCGAUUUGGUGCUCGAGCCCCAUCGCGGCUCUUUUGUGUCUCUCCGCGGGCUGGAGGGUUUUGUUGGUCCCCGUCACCCGCACCCGGCGCUUGGCUUCAUCUGCGCAGGAUGGGCAGGGAACGGAGUCAGGAGUGGCUUGGAUUGGAAGGGACCUUAAGGAUCGUCUUGUUCCAACUCCCUGCCAUGGGCAGGGACACCUCCCACUAUCCCAGGUUGCUCCAAGCCCUGUCCAGCCUGGCCUUGGACACUUCCAGGAAUGGGGCAGCCACAGCUUCUCUGGGCAACCUGUGCCAGGGCCUCCCCACCCUCACAGCCAACAAUUUCUUCCUAAUAUCCCGUCUAAACCUACUUUCUUUCAGUUUGAAGCCAUUCCCCCUUGUCCUGUCCCUCCAUCCCUUUUCCAAAGUCCCUCUCCAGCUCUCUUGGAGCCCCUUUAGGUACUGGGAGGGGCUGCAAGGGCUCCCUGGAUCCUUCUCUUCUCCAGUUGAACACUCUCCCAGCCUGUCUCCAGAGCAGAGGGGUUCUAACACUGGGAGCAUCUCUGUGGCCUCCUCUGGACUCAAUCCAGCAGCUCCACAUCCUUGUGCUGUUGUUCCCCAGGGCUUGGAGGCAGCUCUGCAGGUGGGGUGUCACCCGAGGGAGUAGAGGGGCAGAAUCCCCCCCUCCCCUGCUGCCCACGCUGUGGGAUGAGCCCACUUUACAUUUACCUUUCAGGACCAAUCUCCCUUAUCCUGUCCAGGAGCGUCACACCGUUCAGUAGCUCUGUCACAAUGUUCAGUAGCUCCGUAAUCUCCCUUUUUUUUAUUUAUUUUUGGUGCCUGGGGUCAGGUUUCCAGCGGCUCCCUCAGUGCCUUGGGCUGACGUCUCCUCUUGGCCGGCUCUGCCCAGGGCCCGACGUCAUCCCACAGCCGUGUGUCACCCCUGGAACAGGAUCCACGGGGUCCAUGUGUGUGUCAAGGUUAUUCCAUCAGAGUUUGGCCAAGAGCUGCCUGCCAGGGAGAACAGCUCCAGCCUGGACACCCUGGCACAUCCUCCCUGCCAGGGAACACCGGGAGGGACGCGGCGUCCCCAGCUGGGGCUCUCCAAACCAGAGGAAUCGCCAGCAGGGGAUGUGUGAUGGAUUUGGGCUGUUCAGCAAUCCAGGCUGCAGGAAUUGUGGUUGAGCUGAGAGUUACCCCUUAGUUGGGGCAGCUCAAGCGCUCCCAAAUGCGGGAAUCCAAUGGAGUUUCCACUUGGCAGCACUAGGGCAUCAGGGAAUAGGGCUUUCCCGAGGGCAAAGUGGCACAUGCUUCCUCUUCUGGAUGCCCAAGGAAGGCACUUGCUUUCCCCUCAAGCUCUUCUUGGUAGAGUUGGAAAAAGUAGAGGAGCUUCAUAAAAAAAAAAGCCCUUCUCCAGGUCUGAAGCAGAAACUAUGGGGUUUGGAGCCAAAUGUGAGUUGAGAACUUGGUGCUCAGAGCGUUGGUGUGGACCAUGUGCCUGAGGAUGUGGUUGGGUAUCUUCAAGAUCCUGUGUGCUAGAGAGUACCUGAUUUUCUUGGAAGGAAAGAAGCUCUGGAUUCUUUGGUUUAGCUCCAUGGAGGAGCAUCCCGUGGCACCCCAGCAGCUGUGCAGCCCCCAGAAGCCCUGUGGGAGAUCUGGGGUUUAGUUCUGGCCUCUCUCUCUCCUCCCUCUCUCCCAUGUUCUUUGAAGCUCACCGGGGGAAUUUCCAGACCAACUCCGUGACUUUCUUAUCUUCCUUAUCGCUGUGACAUUCUAUUAAUAACUAAUUUGUAGGAACUACUGCUUUCUAUAAACAUAUUUUUGACUUUUAUGUGAGCAACAGGUGCUGCUGUUUAUGUAACACCUUGGAAACCUCGCAGAGGAACAGCAGCUGGCUGUUCCCUUAAUACCAUUUUGUGAAUGUUGCUCCUUUUUUUUUUUUUUAACAUUCCCUCUUUUCCCUUUCCCUGUGCUUUAAUCUCCUUACAAACCCCCAAAAUUCCUGCUAUCCCAGACUAUUGCUGUCCACUGGAACACGUUUUUGCUUUAUGCUAAUCCUUUGCACUGCCGCUAAUUGGUUUAAACCUUGUCCUUCAGGUUGGGUUUUGGGACUUAGAAAAGCUGCUUGCCCAGCUUCAGAGCCCUCUCCCUGCCUAUCCCAAACUUCCAGGCAUUUCAAAAUCAAGGAGAAGGGAAUGAUGUGAUAUUCCUGGCUGCUGCUGCUCUCAUGAGGACGGUUUUUUUUUUUUCCUUUUUUUUUUUUUUUAAGGUGUGGGACAACUCCUACUUUCUGCCAGGUUUUGAUUGGCUUUCCACAGAGGCAGUGUCCUAUAAAUUCCCUUCUCCUCUCUGCUUCUGCCUUAUCACCAGCUGAGGGACAGCAGGUUUGAAAGGGGAAGAUGCCAAUUGUCAGGAACCUGGGCAGGGCUGCCAGCCAGCUGCUCCAGAGCUCGGGCUGUGGGUGUGGGAUCUCCAUCGUGCCCGUUCGGUGCAUCGGGGUCUCCCCGCGCCAAGUGGCCUCGGACGCGAGUUUCCACUCCGUUACCUUUUCCGAGUCGGAUCAUCCUCGGGUGCUCAUCACAGGUGGUCUUGGCCAGCUCGGGGUGGGACUUGCAAAGCUGCUGAGGAAACGCUUUGGAAAGAACAAUGUGGUCUUGUCUGACAUUAGAAAGCCUGCAGAUAAUGUUUUUUAUAGUGGUCCCUUUAUCUUCGCGGAUAUCUUGGACUACAAGAAUUUGCGGGAGAUCGUGGUGAACAACAGGAUAACUUGGCUGUUCCACUACAGUGCUUUGCUCAGCGCUGUUGGAGAAGCAAAUGUCCCUUUGGCCAGAGCUGUGAACAUCACUGGUUUACACAAUGUUCUGGAUAUUGCAGCUGAGCAUAAUCUGAGGCUCUUUAUUCCAAGCACGAUUGGGGCCUUUGGACCCACCUCUCCUCGAGACCCAGCUCCUGAUCUCUGCAUUCAGAGACCAAGGACAAUCUAUGGAGUCUCCAAGGUCCACGCUGAGCUCAUGGGAGAAUACUACCAUUACCGGUACGGCCUGGACUUCCGCUGCCUCAGGUAUCCAGGGAUCAUAUCUGCUGACUCCCAGCCUGGAGGGGGAACAACUGAUUAUGCUGUCAAGAUUUUCCAUGAUGCCAUAAAGACUGGCAAGUUUAAGUGUUACCUCAAGCCAGACACCCGUCUACCUAUGAUGUACAUCGAUGACUGUCUGAAGGCAACGCUGGAGGUCAUGGAGGCCCCCGCAGAAUCACUGACCAUGAGGACCUACAACAUCAAUGCCAUGAGCUUCAGUCCCGAGGAGCUGGCACAGGAGGUGCAGAAGUAUGUUCCUGAGCUCCAGGUGACCUACAACGUGGAUCAAGUCAGGCAGGCCAUAGCUGACAGCUGGCCCAUGAACUUCGACGACAGCAACGCCCGGAGGGAUUGGGGUUGGAAACACGAUUAUGAUCUCCCUGAGCUGGUGACCACCAUGUUUAGUUACCUUGGGUCUGACUCCAGGAUUGCCCAAGCUAACUGAAAAUACUUUCAGAUGUUUCCAGAUUUCCACAGAGGACCAGGAAGAAAUGGCUAAGUUUAGGUUGUGAUUUUCUGAGCCUUAGAGCACGUCAGUGAUUAAUUUUUGUGAGUAGCGACAGAGCUGGGCAGAAACAUCCUGUAGCUGGAAUGUACUUUAGAUAAAUUAACAUCAGUGGGUGCUGACUCCAGACACAACACAGAUGACAAACACAAAGUUAUUGAACUUUCACACUUCAAAAAAACCACCAAAAAGAGCACUUACUCCUGGCUGGUGGCUCUCCAAUCAUUCCUGCCUCUUCUUUGGCAACCAGCGUGGGACAGUGUUGUCCAACCUGGUGUUUCAGGCAUAUCCCGCAAAGUCAGCGAUAGGUGUUUCGUUUUCCUGGUGGAGGAUGUUAGGGUGUAGCAAGAUAAGAUCCUUUCUACUCUUUGCUUGCAAAAGAGACUUCAGAAGAGCUACUUCAUGUUUCCAAAUUGCAGGGGCUCGUUGCAAUUUUAGUUUGAAAUCAAACUUUGUUCGAUAGUUCCUAUUUAUAUUUAGUGCUGUCUAAGCAUACACUUUUCUAUAUGUAGGGCUUAAGAGCAGCAUUAUUCUUAUAAAGCUGCUUACAAAUGUGAAGUGGAAUAGGACUUGAAUUCUCAUGAUGCUUUAAAAAAAAAGCAGGUUUUAUAAGCUAAGCUUCAUCCUGUUCUUUGCAAGUGCCGCUGCCUCCGGUGUAACCUUGGAGGGAGAUCUGAAAUCCGGAGAGCUGUUCCAUGGAUGUGAGUCUGGGUGGUAUUUCAGGAAGGCAAAGGGUUUAUUAGCAGUACUUUGGGUUCUCCCAGUUGUUUGCAGGACACACUGCCUGGAGCAAGGUUUAAAGGUGGGCUGAUGAUGGAGCCUCAAGGUAGAGCCGGGUCAGCCUUUGAAAUCUGUCAUGUUCACCGCAUUUUCCACGUGCACCGUGUCUGUAGAUGCUGUUUGUGUGUUACUCAUACCCUUUUGUUCUUCAGAGAGGGAUCCAGAAGCUGAAACCAUCUCCUAGCUACAGUUAAGGGCUGUUCUGCCCACUGAGUUUCAUGCACAGGAGGUUCUGGGAUGAACAAGGGAGUUUUUGUAGGUGCAUACAAGGAAGAGGUGUCAGUUCAAAAGCUACUUAGGAGACUUUGGGAAGUGACAAGAAAGCCAUUUUAGGUAAAACACCAGUUUCCAUGGAUGUGAGUCUGAGCUGUCAGCUACUCCAGCUGAAAAGCAGCCUCUGAGAGCUUUGGAUUUUAUUUUUUUUUUCAAAGAAAAAUUAUCUUUCAUUUUCAAAAUGACUGGAAAUUCCCUAUAGGAAGCUCUCCAUCUUUUUUUUUUUUUUUUUUAUUUUGCCUUGUAUACUCCAGUAGUGUGUGUAGGUAAAUACAUUCAAGUAUUUUUGUGGGUUUUUUUGCCUAUGACUUGUUUGCUCUGUUUCCUGUGAUGGUGCUUUGGUGGUUGCAAGUCUGUUCCAUUCUCUGUAACCCUGUGGUGGUUCCUCAGUUAGUGGAUUAAUCAGGUUUUUGUCUGUGUGUGAAGGACUCUGCUGCAGGGAAUAUGUUUCCUCACAAAAGUAACCUUCAAAUGAAGAUUCUGUGGUGAAACCUAGUUAUUUUAAACAUUUGUUACACUUGUAUUUUUUGCUUUUGUACUUAUUAUUUCACCUCUGUGGGCAAGGUAUGUAUUUCCCAGGUAUUUAAACUCAAAGGUAGUGGCCUGUUAUGGAGACAUUUUUAUAUUGUUUACAUUUCUGAAAAAAGACAAGUUUGUGAACUUUGGCUGCUGUUCAAGUGUAAUAUUUGGCCCAAUGGGCCAGUGAAGUCCAUUCACACCCUGCAAGGAGAGACUGGCUCAGGUUUGUCCUCUGCCCUGCCCAGACUGGGUUGGAUGCAAACUGGAUCUCCCAGUGAACUGGAGCCAUCAGAUGAGGGGCUUUAAAGGAGCUGAAGUGUCUUGUCCACUCCAGCCUCUCGUCAUUCCCACCCUGGGGGCUCCUCAUUGCCUCUGAUCCAUGAGAUGUGUAAAAUAAAGAGCUCUUGGUGGGUCUCACUCCAUUUCCUUCCUUCACUCAAAGUCGUGGGGUCUUGUUCUAACUCCAGUAUACCUGGGGUUAACAAGAGUGGGGAGUAGGAAUGUUCUUUCUCUGAAACACACUGUCCUUGGUGGUGGCAUUGCACCAAAGCCUUGGACAAGAUGUUACAGCAAAGGUGAAAUUCAAACCUAUGGCAUUUUGAACACAGUUUUUUUUUUUCCCCCCUGUCCAAAGUUUCUGACUUCAUUUAGGAGCAGCCAUUUAAGCAACUUAAAUUCUUUAAAAUCUGAAAUAAACAGUGUUGCAAUAGGGAAUGGUCUGGAGGUAACUGGUGAUAAUCAGGGAAUGUCAUUAAAUGUGUCUGUCCUGUUUGGAAUACUGGUUUUCAGCCUGUGACCAAUGAUCCAUGUAUUUUUUUUCCAUGUCUUUCCCAUUAACCUCUGUUGUAACUAUGUUACAAUCUUUUCUGUAUUAAACCAACUCGAUGUGAUACAAAAUGUCUUACCUUUUGCUACCAGUUCGAAGUUUCACUUCUGGGCAGAGACUUCCUUCAUGACACUUGAGCACUGUACCUGUUAAAUUACCUGUUCAGGAAAAAAAAAAAAAAAGAAAAAAAAAGUUAAGAAUAUUUUUUCAAAUAUUGUAAGUUGUGGAUGAUGCCUACUUUAAUAAAAUCCUAUGCAGAUGUA